AUGUACAAGGACAGAGAAAAUACCAAGGAUAGCCAAAGCAGUGGGAGCAGCAUUUCGAAUGCAGGUGGAUCCGAGUACAUGGAUUUAGAGGAACUUUCAGAUAGGAGUGAUGAUAUAGCGGUGAACCGGAGUGCUAUGAGGAGGUUAUGCAACACCGUCGUUCCUCUCUCCCCUCCAAAAAUCUGGAACUCCACCGAAACCCCCAACUUCAAUCCCCCUUCCCCUACGCCCUCCGACGCCACCCCCGGCGACUCCACCGACGAGCCGGCCAUCCCCAAACUGAAGCUCCAAAAACUCAAAACCCUCUUCUCCCAGCCUCUCGACCCCAGAGAAGUCGCCCAGCUCAAUCCAAACAAUGGAAACGGCGGCGAUGGCGAGAACAGGGGAGCUCUUGAAUCUUUCGUCGCUGAUCUCUUCACUAGCAUCUCCGCCAUCAAAGCUUCUUAUGCUCAGCUUCAGCUCGCCCAAUCUCCUUACGACCCAGGCUCGGUUCAGUCCUCGGAUCAAUCCGUGGUGUCCGAGUUCAAGCGGAUCGCCGAGCUGAAGCGAUCGUACCUAAAAAACCAGAUCUCCCCGCUGACAAAGCUGCAAGCUUUCGCUUCUCAGAUUCAGGAGCAGAAGAAUCUCGUCAAAACUUUCCAGGUCACCGUCAAGAAGCUCGAAUCUGAGCUCCAAUCGAAAGAUUCCGAGCUAUCUUAUCUGAAGAACAAGCUCGUGGAGAUCGAGAGCAAGAAUCAAUCUCUCGAAGCCAAGCUCCGUCCCAACAAAACUCUGGCUUCCCUCCACAAUCUUCAUAUCUCCGCCCUAAACCCUAACCAUUUCCUGAUCGCGCUCAGAUUCGCCGUGAAAUCGGUCAGAUCGUUCGUCAAGAUCAUGGUGAAGGAGAUGGAAUCCGCUGGUUGGGAUCUCAGUGCCGCUGCUGCGUCGAUUCAUGAUCUCUCUCUAAACCCUGAGCACAGAAAUUUCGCCUUCGAAUCGUUCGUUUGCGCAAAAAUGUUCUCUGACUUCAACAGCAAAGACCUCAACUUUCAGUUUCUACGAGCUCGAUCGAAGUGGAAUCAACGCCAAUUCUUCGACGAAUUCAACGAGUUGAAGCUCUUGAAGCCCAAGGAGAUCUCCAAGCGCAAUGUCGAAUUUGGGAAAUUUUCGUUCUUUGGUAAUUCGGAUUCGGGCCGAAAGUCAUCGGAUUCGGAUUUUUAUAACGGGUUUAUGGAGGUAGCGAAGCGGGUUUGGCUUCUGCAUUGUUUGUUUUUCUCAUUCGUGUCGGAUCUUAACGGGUCUAUUUUUCAAGCGAAGCCGGGAGCGAGAUUUUCUGAGGUGUUUAUGGAGAGCGUAGCGGAUUCGGAUUCUGAUCCGAUAAGCGGGAGUACAACGGUCGGGUUCACGGUGGUCCCGGGAUUUAGGGUGGGCUCCACUGUUAUACAAUGCAGGGUUUAUCUAUUGUAGUGUUGUAGUCUAUUUUUAUUCGUUGUACAAAAGUAGAGAAUGAUGGAUUUAUUUAGAAGAAGUAUAAUUGUUAGCCUAAUUAUUAUAUAUUCGGGUUAUUUAGA